AUGACCGGAGCGGCGUCUUCCGACGCGGACGAAAGCUCGACGAUGGACUCAAAGUGGGUCCUCGUCGCCCUGUCGGUCGCGGCCGUUGGUCUGCUCACCGUCGGCUGCUGCUAUUGCGUCGAGUACGUGAACUGCGACCUGACGCCAGAGCUGCUGGCGAUCGUCGCCGACAGCGCUCACCGCUCGUCCAGCGCCACGCGGUUCGGCACGCGCUUGUUCUACUACCUGCCCGGCAUCUCGAGCGUGCCGUCCAUGGACGUGUUCGACCAGUUCAGUCGACCACCUGACGCCCGGAAGUCGACCAGUGCUGCGACCACUGCAACGGCCACAGCUUCGCCCGCACUGGGCAUCGACGACGACGACGACGACGACGACGACGGCUUGCAGCUCUCACGCGACCGCCGAGACGAGCUCGAGCUCCACGCGCGCGUACUGGAGCAGUGUCGACUGCCGCCAGAGAGCGUCGAGGGCGGCGAAUUACUGCACGAAGGCAGUUUUGCACUGGCGUUCCGAGCGACGCUGCAACUCGACGGUCAGCCUCGUCGGUCCGUGAUCGUGAGGCGGCUGCUGCCGGAGCUCGUCGACCAGCAAACGUACCGUCGAGCGUUCGUGGCAGAUAUCGCACUGUGUGCUGCACUGGUGCACCCGCGGAUCGUGGCCUUCGUGGGGGUCUUCGGCCCGACUCAGCGCGCGUACGACCUCGACGCGUCCUCGUGCUCGUCCGUUCUCUCGCUGCAGGAAGCGCAGCUGUCGGCCGUGACCGAGUACAUGGCCAACGGCACGUUACGAGCGCUCUUGACGCUGCGGGGCCGCAACUCGCCCGACUUUGGCUGGUUCCAGUCGUCCGUCUCGAUGCUCAAGCCCAAAGCACAGCUCGCGCUCGACAUUGUGGAUGCACUGGUCUACUUGCACUCGCGCCCAGCAGGUCCCACCGCAGCGCUGCACCCGCCAGAGCUCAAGGCCCAACGGGUGCUGCUGUCCGAGCACUGCGACGCGAAGCUGUGCGCGUUCGGCCUUCGGAGAGCUGUGGGUGUCCAGGCCGCGUUUUCACGCAGCGAUUUCUCUGUUGCGUGGCUGGCCCCCGAACUGCUACGGGGCGAGCCCCGAAGUGAACAGGCAGACGUGUACUCGCUCGGUGUGCUGCUCACGGAGCUCGACACGGGCAAACUGCCGUUUGAAGCAGGCGUCGACAUGGACGACGGGAUGGACGAGCAGCGGCAAUUGGCGCUGCUCGUGAGCUCGGGCUCCAUCCGUCCGGCCCUCUCGAUGGACUGUCCGGUCCAGAUCCAGGAACUCGUGCUGCGGUGUCUGAGCUUUUCGCCGCCGCAGCGUCCGCCCGCAGUUGAAGUGCAGCACACGUUACGCAAACUCAUCAACGGCACGAGCGUUUGUACGCUGUCGCAGGCGUCGCUCGUGUCCGACAUGUCGGUGCUCGAUGGCACGUCAGGGCCCAGUGCGACGGCCCUCAGUGCUCUCUUUACGUCGUAA